CGCCUAACACGGAGAAGGCAAAACUGAAUCUCCAAAAAUCCAGCGUCUUGAGAAACAGAGAACACACCACCACACAAAAGAAAGUGCUGUGCUUGCUGUCUCCAAUGGAUUUUUCUGGUUUAUUGCAACAAUUGGACAGGAGGCCUUUAGAUGGGAACAUAUCUUUAUCUAAUUUGGAUGAUACAGAACAGUAUAAAACAACUCAAAGAGCUCUGCUUGCUUUCUCGCCUGUUGGUGAUUACAAUGCAUCCCUACAAGCUACCAAAAAUAUCAUGACUGAGCUUAAGGAGAUCAGUGCAGCUUCUGUUGGUACGCUGGAUAGAUUCGAUGAUUCUAUUUACGAUUUCUUGAUCAAUAAUGAAAAAUUCAAAGGAGCCUAUCAUUUAAUAUUUGAUAACCAAAGUAGGAAAUCAACAAUUGAAAAUAAUUACUCCCUAGAAUUUAAGAUGAAACCCCAAUGUCUUGAUGAUAUAAUCGGGCUAAAAUUUCACAAAUCAGUUAUUAUUCACUCAAUUUUUACGCAAACCAACCUACCCUCGUUUAUUUUAUACGGCCCUCCUGGUGUGGGUAAAACCUCCUUGGUAAAUGUGCUUCAUAAAGAAUUUAGCCAACGAUAUAAAUGCUUCAAAAUGGAUGCGAUAACCAUUGCCACGAAUACGAUGGAAAAUUUGUGCAAGCAAUACGCAAAUGCGAAAAACCAGAAUUGGAAAGCCCACUCUAUUCAAAUACUAACUCAAGAAACAUUAGUAGAGGGACCGAAAACAAUCAUAUUUAUUGAUGGAUUGGAUAUCAUUCCAAAGAAUCAGCAGCAGGAAUUAUUACGAUUGUUGGAGUUGGAGCAUAUAUCCUUGAUUGCAACAUGUUCAGAAAACCUUUCAAAGCAUAUUAUUGAGGAUAUCAUUUCAAGAUGUCACAAUAUAAAAGUCGAUAUCUUAGAUAAAACGAAUAUGAAAUACUUUGUUCAAAAGGCUAUGAGCGCAAUCAAUGAAAUUAGGUCCAGAUCGUCUCAUAAUCGUGAUGAAUUAUUGAAUGAAAUGUCUCAUUAUUCACUUUUUAAGUUUAGUCCUUGCUCAAUUGAUUAUAUUUCCCAACUAUCCAAAGGCGAUUGCAGAAAUGUGAUUAAAAUGCUUAAUGUAUUAGAUGGAGUCCAUAGAGAUUUUAAUUCAAUAGUAAACAUAGAUAUUUCAAGCUUGGAAACGUUACUUAAUGAUGACAUCUAUAUUUCCGAAUGUAAACCGGUUCUUGAUAUAAACCUGGAUUCCAAUUUCAAAAGACUUGUGGUGGGUGAAGAUGCGUAUCUGAGAAAUGACGGUUUAGCCUCUAAAGUAUUUUUCAAGGUUUUUUCUUCUAAUUUUUCAGUAAGUUUUGAUCCACUUGUAUUUCUGUUCUUUGAAAAUAUGGUUCGAGGUGAGGAGUUAUUUUAUUUGGAUUUAUUAGAUCAAAUUCAAAAGUAUUACCAAAAUAUUUAUCUUAACAGGAAGUUUUCUUUCUUGGAUUUGAGAAAUUUUAUUAAAAAUAAUAUGGAUGAUGUUGAACAACUAAAAAUAUUAAAGGAUUUAAAUUUGUUUUUUUCUGAUAUUUCAAAGGGCAGUGUUUCUGACUUUGUGAUUCAAAGAAAAUUUAGUAUUAUUGAACAAGGGAGAUUUUGCUAUGAUAUUUCUGCAAUUAAUGACUUUUAUGAAAUAAUUGAUCAAGCGGUUGAUGAUGAGUUAAUGUUUUCUGACUGCUCUGCAGCCCCAGAUUACGAUAAUUAUUCAGACGUUUUAAUAUCAUCGGAAAUACCUAGUUAUGCCACAUUUAUGGAGGUUUUUAAACACAAAUUUUUCAGAGAAAUAAUUAUAAACGGCGAUGUCCAAUGUUUAUAUAAUUUGCUUUAUCGAUCAAUAUUAGAGAAAGAAAACUUUCGGGCUUAUUUUUUUACUCUUGCUUUACUUUAUGAAGAUAAUUAUCGUUUUUCUCCUUACACUUUUAGUGUGAGUGAUGUGUGUGAUUUUUUGCGCCAGAUUUCAGCAAUCAGCAUACCCAGCAUAACAAAGAAGGAGUUCUCUUACAAUAUCUAUGAGAGCUUUUCGAAUCUUAAUGAUAUUUUGGAAAUUUGUGCUACUAAAGCAAAUUUUCUAAUUAAAUAUUACUAUAGAAAUUUCACAAUAUUCAUUGAUAAGUUGAUUGAAAACAUUCAAUCUGGAUAUUUAAUUACAAAUAUACAAGAAAAUUUUGAAAGACACAGCAAAAUCAACUUGUAUUAUUUAAAUUCACAAGUUCCUUAUCACCUAAGGAAUGCUCCUGAUUAUCGAAUGGCUGAGUUAGGGUUUUCAGUUGGUUAUAAAUAUAAUCCAAACUACAAAUUCGGAAGGGUAUUUCAAAAGUAUUUACCCAAUGAGCUUGAGGAUCUAUAUGAAAUAAAGUUCAACAUAAAUAAUAAAUGAGAGAAAAACAAUAAUUAAAGGAAGAACAAUAAUGAUUUUGCAAAAUAAGUUAUAUUAGAAUAUUUUGGAAUUCAAUAAAGGCAGCUAGACAUCAAAUAAACAUCGGACCGAAAAUGAAAAGCUUGAGUUCCAUGCAAUCAAGUAUUUGAUUUGAUAGAUACUAGAAAUAAAAAUAAAAAAGGUAAAAAAAAUUGGGGCGCAAACACACCUUGGAAUGACACUAGUAACUAAGCAAGAAUGCAAAAUUAAAUAC